CAUCUUCAGGCACAUAGUUCCUGAAGAUUUCAACUAGCUGCUAAACACUUGACAUAAGAGAACGACGCAUGKAAAAAGACAAGAAAAGGUUUUAAGAAUGAAAGUUGUCCUACUAAUGCUGUCUUUGUGCCUCACACUGUCUGGGGCACAAUAUGAGUGGACCAGUUUAUCUAACAGUCAACUGGCUGUGCUGAGUGAAAAACUGAAAACCAUGGAUCAGAAGCUAGGAGCUAUGGACACCAGGCUACAAGUCAGCGAGAGCCAGGUGGACGAACUGAAAAGUAUGAACCAAGCUCAAGAAGAAGAACUGAAAACAUUAAAGAAGGACAUAGCCGCUGGUCAGCCAAAGGUGGCCUUCUCCGCAGCUCUAAGAACGUCUGGUUCUGGUUACAUAGGACCCUUCACCACUCACACACCCUUGCAGUACAAAAGAGUCUUCUCCAACUUCGGCAGUGGAUACAACCCUUCUACAGGGGUCUUCACAGCCAUGGCCAAAGGAGUGUAUUACUUCCGCUACACCAUGUUCUACAAUGGAGUCGCCAACGCUGUCGUGGCUUUGAUGAAGAACGAGGAGUUUCUCGUGUCCACAUGGGACACUGUGUCAGGAAGAAGCGAAGAUUCCGCCAGCAAUGCUGCCAUAGUGCAGCUGGAGGUGGGAGACAAUGUCUUCGCCCAGCUCUCAGCUAACAGGAGAGUCUACGACGAUGGUGGGAACUACAACACCUUCAGUGGGUUUCUACUCUUCACCAACUAAUAUUAACAAGUUUACAGGUCAUUUGGCUGUAAACAACAGAAGGGUUUUCAGAAAUUUUAUCACAACUGUAUGAAAGUAAAAUUAAAUAAAAAGUCUAGUUGCACUCUUUGAACUGUGA